UCCAGCCCAUCUAAUAAGAAAAAUGUUCCAUCCAGCCAAAUUAAAAAGCAAUAGCCAUUUGAAUGCAAAGGGCACCUCGCCAAGCGUGUUGAACUCCACUUACGAAAACAAUGACUCAUAGAUCCAAUUGAAGAAUUGUAAAAUAUUCGUAGGUGUCUAAAUCUGGACUAUUCUUCUACAUUUGACACAAAAACAUAGAUGAGUAGCGGGAAGUAUCCUCCAAUAUGGAAUAUUGAAGGCCAGCCCUUGAAGUUGACAACAGAAUGAUUCCUCUCCAUACUUAACUUAGGGUUUAACUGAAAUUUUAGUACUCUUCUUUCGGACUUCUGAAGUAUCUGCAUCCUUAAAAUACCAAAAUGCAUCCAAAAUUUAUGAAAUGUCUGAACAUCAUGUUGCUGUUGCUGGGAUUUUUAAUACCAGAAAUUAUGGGAGUUCAUUUCAUGACAAAAGAAAUUGCUUUAGCCGCUAUAAUAGGUGGACUUUUGAAACCACGAUUUGUUCCACUACCUAUUCCUAUUCCACUCCCUAUUACCUUUAGCAAGCACGUGCGAAAACCCUAUCCCGUUCAUCCAUACGGCUAUUCAGCAUAUGGUCAUCAAGGUGACCAGUUCUGGCAACAGGCAUCCUAUGACUACCCAACAUAUGACUCGAAAGCUUCUGGUACUCAUGCACUGGCAGAACUUCAAUCAGCAUCUGAAAACAUCGACAGCAUCCUGAAACAGCUGAGUCUCAGUUCUUCCGAUAUUGUUAAGGACAGUGAAUCCGUGUUUGUACCGUCUGUACACAACAGUAUUGAAGAAUACAAUACCGUGGACGAUUACACGAAUUUCAGUGAAGACUGGUGGCGGAAAUGAUUGAAAGAACAUUUUAAGAUAAUUCAAAGCGUGAUGCAUUGCGGGACACAUCAUGCUUUGGAAUAAAAUCAUUGAAUCAUUGACUUCAAAAAUUGUUGAAUAAAAUAAGAUUCAAAACGAAGAACUGGAAAGUAAAUGGUAACAUUACCGCCAUCGUUAGUUACUUUCGUGGAUAUUGUGCGAAAUUACAUUCAUUAAUUACAAAAGUUCUACCAUAAUUUCACACAACUACAAUGAAAAGUGGCAACUGGCUCAAAAAGUCUGAUGUUUUUAAUUUAAUUAUUAACAGGAUGUUUCGUAACCACCACCCUUACUUUGCAAAUUUUGGAAUCGUUGUUAAAAUGCGCCCAUCAGAAAUCACACAUUAGAGAGAGAGGGAGAAACAAAAACGUUAUUAAAAUCGCUCCAGUUCGAAGAUUUCAAAUCUGCAAUAAGAUUCUCUCUUCAAACUACAGCUAUUUUUUUAAAUGACCUAUCUAGUCUAGUCUUAUAGUUUAUUUCUUGCCUAAAUGUAAUAGUUUAAAAACGUUAAACACAAGUUCGAAACCAGUUAUUUAAAUGUCUGUUUAAACUUUGAAUUUUUGAUAAUCGCCUUCAGGACUCUUCUUUUUUUUCUUCCGGGAAUCAAUGAAGUUUUUGUGCUUAUAGUUUCAAUAGUGAUUCGUUAUAUUUAGACAGCGUUUUCUCUGCUGAUUUAAAUAUUUCUUAACAUAUAUAUUAAGGGUGGUGAUUACGGAACACUAAUUGUAAUUACGAAGAUUACUGUAAUUAUAAUUUAUCAACUUUGGUUAUUCAUUUAUCAAGUAUCAGUCUCAACUUCAACCUUUAUCACACGCCAGCUCACCUGCCAUUAGAUUUCUUCAUAUUCUUAUUAGUUUAGUAAUAUAUACAUAAUGGGUUAUAUACUCAUUGGUUUCAUGUGUUUAAUAAAUAUUUUUAGACUUA